AUGAUGAGACUGCAAAAAGAACUGAAAAUUUAUGGGACUUCAGCAAUUGCUAAUGAUUUAUUAGAAUCGCCUAUGGACAAUAAAAAACGAACGAUUCAGCUGAAAUCUGCAACCGCAAUCAAAAAUUUUAUGAAAGGGGACCAAAUUGAGCAUUAUUAUGUCAUAAACCAAGACGGAAAAUUUAAAUCGAUAUGAAAUUUUCUGAUAGCUAUGCUGUUAUUAUAUACAGCUAUAGUUUUGCCUAUAGAAUUGGCAUUUAUUGACGGAAAAACUUAUGAUGUCUGAUGAUGGAUAAAUGUAUGGAUAAAUGCAAUUUUUUUUUCUGAUGUCAUAAUAAAUUGUUUUACUACUUAUACAGACUCAAAUGGAACUGUUAUUAAAUCAAGGAAGAAAAUUUUUAUGAGGUACUUGAAAUCGUGGCUUUUACUUGAUAUUGCGGCGUGCUUUCCUUUUGAUUUCGUGGAGACUGAUUCAGGAAGCUCGUCAUCUACAAGUAAAUAUAACGGCUUAGCCCGAUUAGCUAGGCUGCCAAGAUUGUCAAGGCUUAUAAGAAUAUCAAGGAUGUUUAAGGUCGUCACAAAUUAUAAUAAAUUUGAGUUUGUGGAAAAAGUCCAAAAUUUUUUUAACAUAAAAAGAACAGCACUAAGGCUUCUGAUGUUUAGUAUUACUGUACUUUUGUGUGUUCAUGUGAUUAGCUGCUUAUGGUAUUGAUCCGCUAAAAUGCAAGGAUUCCCACCAGAUUGCUGGGUAGUGAAAUCAGGAUAUAUGGAUUUAACAUCAGAAUCCCUUUAUUUAACAUCCAUGUAUUGAGCGUUUACCACCUUAUCAACAGUAGGAUACGGAGACAUCCACCCAUGAAAUGAUUUAGAAGUCUUAAUAUGCAUGGUCUGAAUGAUGUUCGGGCUCUGCUUUUUUUCUUUUACAAUCGGCAGCUUAAGUUCCAUGCUCUCCAGCUUGGAUACUCGAGAAAUCGUUUUAAACAAUAAAUUAACAAUUAUAGAUGAGUUUGCGAAAGAGACAAAGCUGAAAAAAGUAUUGAGACUUCGCCUGCGGCAUGCGUUGAAAUAUUCAACAGAAAGUGCAGGAUUCUCUUGAAGCGAUAAACUAAAUAUUUUCAAUGAGUUGCCGAGAGAGCUUAAAUAUGAAGUUGCACUAAGCAUGCAUCAAGGGGCAAUUAAACAUCUUCCUUUUUUUAUGGAAAAAGACAAGGUUUUUGUAGCGUCAGUUGUCCCAUUUCUCCAGCAUUUAUUUCUUAACUCCCCCCCCCCCUCCGUGAGCGAACAAAAAAAUUUUGUUCGCUCACGGAGGGGGGUUAAUUUUUUUUUUUAAAACAAAUUUAUAUAUAAAUUUUAUAAAAAAUAUUUUUUUCGAAAUUUAAAAAAAAUCCUAAUUUGCAAAAAUUGGGAAGCAAAUAUUAAUUUAAUUUGCAAAAUUUAUGUUUUAAAACGCAAUUUGUUUAAAAUUAAACAGAAUUAGCUCUAGAUUUCAUUAUACUAAUUAUCACUUAUAUAUCAAAAUUUUUUUUCCAUUAAAAUUUUUUCUAUUAAAAAAAUUUUUGUUCACUCACGGAGGGUGGGUUUUUGGUCAAAAAAUGGCGAUUUUUCUAAUGGUUUUGUUCGCUCACGGAGGGGGGGGGGGAGUAAGCAUAAAGAAAUAAUUUUCACUGAAGGAGAAUAUGCUGAUGAAAUUUAUUUUCUCUAUAAAGGCACUGUAAAUUAUGUCAUGGGACCUGAAAAAGUUUCUUACAAAAAGCUGCAAGAAGGUUCAUAUUUUGGCGACAUAGAAGUUAUUGAAGUAAUCCUUAGGAAAUACACAGUGGUCGCCAAAACUGACGUGCAUUUGCUUACAAUGAGCAAAUCUGUUGUCAGCUAUAUAUUAGAAGAAUUUCCAACCAUUAGCAAAGAUAUGAGAGAAAUUGCCUAUAAAAGAGACAAAAUAAACCAAUUAGCCAAAGAAGAAUUUGCAGAAUAUCUCAGACUGAAAGAAACUAAAGAAAUUGAAGGAAAAGAUUUAAAAGAAGUAAAAGACAUGAUUAGAGAUAUUGUUGACAAAAGGAAAAAUACCAAAGAAAUGCUUUCUCCAAAAGAAAAAGAAGAAAUCAAGUUCAGCGAAGUUGUAAACAAAAUGGACGAAAACAAUUUUAUGCUAACCAAAAUGGAAGGAAAACUGCAAUCAAUUUGCGAGAUUUCUAAUGAAAUUUUGGAAUUUAUGAGGAAAGAUCCCAAAAAAGGACUCCCCAAGCUAAAAGUGCCGAAAAAGUUGAAAGGAUUAGCUGAAGAAAGAGACAAGACUGAAAGAAGCUUCAAAUUCGAUAUGAAUACGUUAGAAUUUAAACCUGUGGAAUAG